UCGCCAUACAACAGUAAUCAAUGGCGGCAUGGCAUGUCUGGACAGUAUCCCCGAGCCACUGCAUUACCAAGAUUUGUGCCCAGACCGAAGCAGACCGAGUUGCAUCGCAUCUAUUCUCGGUGAAAAGGGCUCUCUUCACCAUCGACCUCAUGGCCAUGGAGAUCUCGCCCCCCCUUCGACCCCACCGGCCCAGGAACGCCCCGCGACUAGAGCGAUGAUGCCAUUCUCUACCCUCCGGUUUCGCGUCUCGCAUGGGGAAGAAAGGGGAAAAAACCUGCAGACUGGAGUAAAUAUUUGAUCAAUCCGGUCCCCUGCCCCAUCGUGCCGUUGACAGUCCGUCCCCUUUUGCUCGUUCGCUCGUUCGUUCGUUCACUCGUACGUCGCACUACCGGACAAGACAACACCAGCCAUGGCCGCGUACGACACCGACAGGCGGUCGCCCAUCGGGCCCGCCGCCGACCACGACGCCGUCCGGGACAUUGAGCGGUCCGGCGACGACGACCGCCAUCACGACGACAAGGCCGCCAUCCUGGAACCACAGCUCGGCGUCGGCGGCCACGGCCGCACCGAGCGCCGCCUGCGCGACUACCAGGUCACCAUGAUCGGCUUCUGCAGUGGUAUCGGAACCGGUCUCUUCAUCGGCGCGGGCUCGGCCUACGCCAAUGCCGGUCCCGCCGGCUUGCUGCUCGCCUACCUCGUUGUCGGCGCCGUUCUCUGGUGUGUCAUGCAGAGCAUCGGCGAGUUGGCGACGUUGAUCCCCACCGCCGGAUCGUUCCCCCACUGGGCUACCCGCUUCAUCGACCCCGCCGUCGGCUUCUCCCUCGCCAUCUCCUACGGAUACUGCUACACCAUCGCCAUCGGCUCCGAAGCCUCGGCCGCCGCCAUCCUGGUAUCGUACUGGACCGACAUAACCCCGGCUGUCGUGAUCACCGUCUCCCUCGUCCUCAUCCUCGCCUCCAACCUGGCUAGCGUGCGCUGGUACGGCGAGGCCGAGGUCAUCGGCGGCUCCAUCAAGGUCCUCUGCUUCAUCGGUCUCGUCUUCACCUCCAUCAUCAUCACGGCAGGGGGCGGGCCAAACCACGAGGCCAUCGGCUUCCGUUACUGGAACAACCCGGGCGCUUUUGUGGAAUAUAACGGUAUCGCGGGGUCCUCCGGCCACUUUCUUGGCUUCAUGGCCGCCUUCGUCAAUGCCUCCUUUUCGUUCAUCGGUAUCGAAACCGUCGUGGUGGCCGCGGCCGAAUCCAUCAAUCCCCACAAGGCCAUCCCGAACGCGGCCCGCCGCGUGACGCUGCGGAUCGGCUUCUUCUACAUCUUCGGCGCCCUCCUCAUCGGCCUCAUCGUCGACCCGCGCGAGCCGGGCCUGGUCUCCGGCAGCGGCAACGCCAACAGCUCACCGUGGGUCAUCGCCAUCCGCCAGGCCGGCAUCAACAUCCUGCCCUCCAUCGUCAACGCCUGCAUCCUCGUCUCGGCCUGGUCGGCCGGCAACUCGUACUGCUGGGUCGGCUCGCGCAUGAUUGUCGCCAUGACGACGGACAGGCAGCUGCCUCAGGUCUUUGGCCGCACCAACAGGUACGGCGUCCCCUACGUCGCCGUCAUCACCUCCUGGCUCUUCGGCCCCCUGGCGUACCUGAGUCUCGGUUCCGGAGGUGCCGCGGAUGCCUUCCAGUGGCUUCUGAGCUUGAGCACCGUCGCCGGCCUGAUCGCGUGGGCGACGCUCUGCUUCUGCUACAUCCGGUUCCACCGCGCCAUGAAGGUUCAGGGCGUCAGUCGUGACACCCUGCCCUGGAAGGCGCCUCUGCAGCCGUAUGCGGCCUGGUUCGGCUUCAUCGGGUCCACAGUCAUCACCCUUGUCGCCGGUUUCUCCGUGUUUCUCGCUGGCAACUGGUCGACUGCGGACUUCAUCGCGUCGUACAUCGGCAUCCCGAUCUUCAUCGUUCCCAUUAUCGCUUGGAAACUGUAUCACAAGACUAAGUUUGUUCGCGCUCACGAGAUUGACCUUUGGUCGGGCCGCCUUCAUGAGUCGGAAUACGUUCCCGAAAGGCCCAAAGCAACGACGUUUAAGGGCCGCGUCAAGGACUGGUUCUCAUAGUGUCUUGAAUGUUUGGAGAAUCAGGGACAGGUUGUCUGAGCCCUUGGGAGCUUCUCUAAGUGGACAUCAUGACCGUGGAUGGUUUUAGUAAUGGAACGUUAAAAGUUCGUUCUAUUCUGUGAUCCUUCGCCGCCUAAUGUUGAUAUCACUCGAACAACAUAAAGCGACGACCGUGGAUGAUGUGAAAGAUGUAGGGAUACUGUUGGGAUUCGCCUUACUGCCGUAUUCCACCCAGGAUUAAUCCGGAUCAGGUCGGCCGGAAUGGAAUAUAAACAGCAACGGUCCUACCAGCGGUUGCCCUCGGCAGCAGGUCUCACCCCUCAAAGGUAGCCCGUUCACAUCUUCCUCCCUCGAUGACUAUGAUAAUACAACGAUAGAAAAGAAACCUCGAGACCACGAAGCUGCGAAUAGCUGCAUUUCAGCCUAUUCAGUUACUCGUCACCCCCUUCACCGUGUUUCCCACAGAGACCGUUGAUGAUUUCGAGGAAGACGAGGCCAUAACGAACGCUGAGCCUCAAGCUCCCAAUGGCUUGUUUGGAAACAAGAUCUAUUUAGCGCUGAUACUCCAAAGAUGCUGAAGGGGAAUUAAUACAUCUCUCAGGAGGAUCAUCUCAGCUUCUCUCGUGACUUGAACGUAGUAGGCAUCUUUAGUACCUAGAGAAGCGUUGGCGCGCUCACUGGUGACGUAAGAAGCCAUACGCAAGUUGUAUUAAGUACGACCCUGUCUUCAUUCACUUUUACUGCUCAGUCGCCUGUAUGUACAUUAGCAGUAACUGAUGUCUAUUUUACAACCAAAC